AUGUGGCUUAAAAGUGUAUGCAAGUCUCUUGUCUUCGGCUUACCAAUCGGUGUAACCAUUCUAGACACGGUCGGUUAUGUGGCUAGAGUUGAAGGAAUUUCUAUGCAACCCGUGCUGAAUCCAGAAUCGAUGAAUACGGACUAUGUGUUUUUAUCUCGAUGGGCCGUCAGAGAUUAUCACGUGAAACGAGGAGAUGUCAUUUCACUGAUGUCCCCCAAAGAUCCUAACCAAAAGAUUAUCAAACGAGUGGUAGCUUUACAAGGUGACGUUGUAAGCACAUUGGGCUACAAGAACCAGUAUGUGAAAAUUCCAGAAGGACAUUGUUGGGUAGAAGGUGAUCACACAGGUCACACCCUCGACAGCAACACCUUUGGGCCUGUUUCUUUAGGUUUAGUUAAUGCAAGAGCGGUGUGCAUAGUUUGGCCCCCAAGUAGAUGGCAGAGUCUUCAAGCUAAAUUGCCAGAGAACAGACAGCCUGUGAGCACUGCUAUUUAAUCUAGUUAAAUUAGACAAAUGUUAGUUAAAAACAUGCAAAUUGUUUAAAAUUUGAGUUUGUUAAUUAUAUGAAAAAAUGGGAGUAGAAACAUCUUUUGAAUCUGCAUUUUUAUCUAUAUAUUUUAUUUUCCUGAUCUCUGACUAGUCUCAUAUUACCUCUUUUACCUUGUUCUUUAUUUAGAAGUAAUGUUUUAUUCCAUGGAAGCUGGCAAGCUGUAGUACAAUAAAACUUAUUGGAUAAAAAAUAUUAUCCUGUUAUUGUUGUGAAUGAUAAAAAUGUAUUUAUAAAUAAAAAUGUUUAAUAAACACUA